AUGAGCGGAUACAACUACAGUGAUAACAGGUAUCCAGACAGACGGUAUGAUUCCUCCAGAGGCCAUAGCCGAGGCGGUUACCGUGGCAACAGAGACCACUACAGAGGAUCCUAUUAUAGAGGCAGAGGCCGUGGAUACUCUCUGGGAAGAGCUAGAGAUUUCAGAAGGGACUACGGUGAAAGAGACCCCAGGGAUAGAGAUCCAAGAGAUAGGGAUCCUAGGGAGCUAGAUCCUAGGGAUAGAGACCCCAGAGAGUACAGAGAGUACAGAAACAGAGACGAGUACCAGAAUGACUAUAAGGAGAGAGACUACAGAGAUAGAGAGCCCAGCUAUGGCAGAGAUUCUAGGUACGAGAAGCCUCCAUCCAGGGAGUACCGUGAUAAUAGGGACAGAGAUGGUAGAGAUAGUCGAGACGUCAGAGAUAACAGAGACUUCAGGGAUCACAGAGAUAGCAGGGAUGGCCAGUUCCUGGAUUACAGAGGUGACAGACCAGACAGACGAAACGAGUUCGUGAAAGAACCCAGCCGCAGCAAAUCGAUCGGUACGCCCAAGCACGAUAACUCUUCUCCCAGACAUACGCCUAGUUCGUUUUCUGGAGCAUCGUCUUCAGGACCAGCACCUUCUCGUGAUCCAGGCCCUGUUUCCUCCCCAUCAGCGGCAACCCCAAGCUACACAGACCCUUGGAUUUCCAUCCUACAUAUCCGUGAUAGCAAAGUGGCUCUGCGGCUCGAAGCUCGUCACCAGGAGCUUGCCAACGUGAACAGAUCGCUUGGACAGUUGCAAGCCCAGAGACACAAGCUCAAGGCGCAUAUGGAUCUUCUAGAUGUGUAUGCCAAGAGGGAUGCGUUGAACGUGGAGUUGACCUCAGAGAAGCUCGACGAGUUUACCUUCUUGUAA